ACAUCUAGGUGUACUGAUUAGCGAAUAUGUGCAGUACUUAGUUUGGAUCAACCCUAGUGAGAGAGUGUUUUGACCGACUUCCGGGUGCUCAUGUGAUUUUUUUUUUGCAGGACCGAAGGUGGUGUGGUGUAAUGGCAAGUGACAAAUACCAGAUAGUGGUGCAAGGCGAGGCAUCAGAGACCGACUCAGAUGAUGAGGUAUACAUCACCUCCCUCUCUCCACAUUCAACAGCCGGAGGGCAAAAGGUACCAGGGGAAGCAUCUGAGACUGACAGCGGGGGGGAUGUUGAGAGAGUACGUAAAUGUGUCAUUCCUGCAAGCUCUGAAAACCCACAAAUAUUACGCAAGGACUUAACUCCCCUGCUUGUGAUCAGAGAUAACCCUGACAUUCCGUCCGCGGUAGAGGAGUUGGUUGUGUCUAGGCCUGAACACAAUGGGCUCUACUACAACACUUUACUCCAGCUGAAAUUACAGGAGAGCAAUGCACGUCUGUGCACGGAUGUGCCCCAGACCAUCAAACAGGUGUAUGGUAAUGCCACAAAGGAGAUACGCAUGGCCACAACCCACCUAAACAGCUCCCAGAACGGCAUCAUCAACGCCUCCCACAGCAUCCGACUCAUUCUGGAUGACCUCAAGUCCGUCUCAGAGGAAAUAGACAUUAUCACCAGCUGUUAUCUACUCCCAGAUAUUACCAUCCCCUCCUCUCCCACUACCCCUAUUCUCAGACAGUGAUGUGCCCCAUUCAUUGUUUCAUAUGUAUUAUGUAGGCUAAACAAUGGACUUGGGAGUAUCGUUAUUUGUAAAAGGCACUUGCAUUAGGUGAAUAAAUUAUGCAGGCCAUUAUACUAUUACUGCUCCAUGUUAUUCAGAUAGCUUAUUCAUUGUAGUUGGCCAUAAAGGAUUGCUUAUUGCUCUCAAUCAUGCGUUCAAGUAUUUAGCUGUUCACAAGCACAUGAGAUGUCUCGUCAAUCUCUUUAUUUUCCAAUGCACCAAACCUUGUGUAGGCCUAGUGCACAGCCCACUCUUGUGGUGUCAGCAAGGCACUGCAAGGGAUGUGACCGCUGUGGUCAUUUUUUGCGUAGGCCUAGAGUUGAAGAACCUUCAGAAUCCCCAUUUGCUAACAAAACAAUGACGACAUUGAAUUCUAGGUUGUUAUCAUUGUGUGUUGCUGUAUUCACAUUUCAGUCAUUGAACCGCAAUUAGGCCUCUACUUUAGAGAACAUUUGAAGGAACAGUUAAAACAAUUUAAGAUACACUGCAAUCCUUCCAAAGAUAUAAAAAGUGUUACAAAAUUGAAGACAUUUUUUUUAUCCAAUGGGAUUCCGGGGGGUUUGAUUAGCCAUUAUUUUUGCAGUCACUGACAUGUCGGGUGAGACUGAGCAUUUGGCAUGGCACCCAGGAAGUGCGAACUGAAAGUGAUCCAUUCUCCCAAGGUCAUCUGAAGGGCAUGUCUGAUCUCACUAGGGCUGGGCUGUAUACCGUAUUUUACUAUAUACCGGUUUGGGUUUUUACUUUACCUUCUAUAAUGGUAUUUUUAAUGUUUGGUUUGUUAAAUGUAAUAUGCUGUGUGUAACGUCCAUUUUUAUAGUUUACUCCGCUACUUGAGUCAUCCCUCCGCUCUCUCUCUUUCCACGCCGCUUUCCACACAGACCUAGUCCCACCACCUGUCACUCAAGGAGCGCAUUUAUUUUUGCUUGACCACGCAACACUUUCGUUCAGUCUGCAUGGUCAAUGCAGCACAUGCAACAAUGUUGAUGACAAUGAUGUUGUUUCCACUUUGAUCUUAAUAUAAAUCCACAUGCUUUCUGUAAUUACAAUAUUAGUUUGUGUUUCUUACAUCUGCAAAUAGCUAGUUAGUAUUUUCUUAACAAGUUAAGCUAAAUCGUGUUUGCCACUAAUGGUAAUCCCUAGUUAGCUGGGUAGUCAAAUCAAACGUAGCUAGCUAGAUCUCACUGCUGCUUCAAUCAACUAGAGAUGCUCCAUCAAGUUGACUCCCUGUCAGCAGCUGUUGGUAUUUCAUUGGCAAGAUCAACUUUUCCAUCUAGAGAACAAUACAGACAUGACAUUGUGUGACAUAUACACUCACUGGCCAGUUUAUUAGGUACACCAAUCUUGUACUGGGUCGGACUCCGCUUUGCCUCAAGAACAGACAGACGUUUUCGGGCAAUGGAAAUGUUGCUCAGUUGGUAUCAAGGGACCAAAUUUGUGCCAUAAAAACAUUUCCCACACCAUUACUCCACCAGCCUGUACCGUUGACAUCAGGCAGGAUGGGGUCAUGGACUCAUGCUGCUAAUGUCAAAUCCUGACUGCCAUCAGCAUGACGUAACAGGACCUGGGAUUUGUUGGUCCAGGCAAUGUUUUUCCACUCCUCAAUUGUCCAGUGUUGGUGAUCGCGUCCCCACUGGAGUUACUUCUUGUUUUUAGCUGAAAUGUUCCACCGGGAUGUUGGUCCAUGCUGACGUGAUGGCAUCACGCAGUUUCUGCAGAUUCAUUCAUUCAUUCUGCAAACAGCCCAUCCAGCUCUAUUGGGUUGAAGUCUGCACACUGCGCAGGCCACUCAAGUAUUCUGAACUCGCUGUCAUGUUCCAGACAACGUUUUUCCACUCCUCAAUUUGCCCAGUGUUGGUGAUCACGUGCCCACUGGAGCCGCUUCUUGUUUUCAGCUGAUAGGAGUGGCAACCGGUGUGGUCAUCUGCUGCAAUAGCCCCUCCGUGACAAGGAACGGCGAGUUGUGCAUUCUGAGAUUUCGUUCUGCAACCCACUGUUGCAGAACUGUCUGUCUGUUUGUGGCCCGCCAGUUUGCUUGCACGAUUCUUGCCGUUCUCCUUCGACCUCUCUCUUCAACGAGCUGUUUCGCCCACAGGACUGCCACUGUUAUUUUUUUUGUUGUCGGUCCAUUAUCGGUAAACCCUAGACAUUGUCAUGUGUAAAAAGCCCAGUAGGGCGUCCGUUUCUGAGAUACUGGGUCCGGUGCGCUUGGCAUCGACGAUCAUACCACGCUUAAAGCUGUUUAGGCCUUUCUAACAGUAUCUGAAUGCCUGUCAGCCUGCUUUAUAUAGCAAGCCACGGCCACAUGACUCACUGUCUGUAGGAACGGUGUACCUAAUAAACUGGCAGGUGAGUGUAUUUUGAAUGGUGCCAUUGGACAUGGUUGGUCGUCAUUCUAAUGGGCACCGGGGGUUAAUUGAAAAGGUUAUGGCAUGUGGGAAGUUACACUAUUUGUGAUUGCUCGCAAGGGACUGUACCGUAUGCAGUCUCCUGCUAUGAAUGCCACGCUUGUGAGCUGAGCGCUAUUAGCACACAUCGCUCCUGAAACAGGACAUUUCAAGGUCACUGACUUGCCAUUUUUGCAUGUUAACAAGUACACAAUAGCAGCAGACUGAGGGAAACUGUCAAAUUAUUUUACGGGUGCAUUGGGUUCUGUUAUGACUGAUCUGUCUGAUUCAAAAUUCAUUUGAUACACUGAUGGACUUGGCUAAAUGAGUUAUGUAAAUGCCAUAAUAAUGAUCUGUGCAUGAAACUGUAUACUGACCUCCAUGAUAUACUAGCUUAAUAAUUCUAACAGCAUAAAGAUUCUUAUUUUUAACGUACCUCUUU